UCCAUCAUCACCCGCGGAAGUUUGUAGAGAGAAUCAGAGUAUUGUCAGUUAUUUAAAAAAAGACAUUUUUCGGCACGAAUGCUGUCGUUCCGCGUGUUGCCUCGAGAACGAGACAAAAAAGAAAAUGAAUUUUUAAAGGAUGAAUUUUGCGUCGAGAACAACAAAGCUCGCAAGAAGUGCUAGCACCUUACAGCUAAUAGUAUUGUGUAGCUCGUUGUUAAUUUAGUUUAUUUUGUAUCGGUCAACUUGAUAAACGGCCUAGGAAAACUAUUUUAGCUGAAGUUUAGCAGCUGGCCUGCUUUUAUGAUAAAGUUAGUGUCAGCAGUAUUUUAUAUUGACAGUUGUGUUUAUUUUUGUUUUGAUUAGCAUGCUAAGCUAGUUUGCAGCGCGAGCUGGAAUUCAUCAUUUUGGAUUUACAUCUAAUCAACAUCACCCUUCAUACAUCGUCAUUAUAGUGUAAUUUACUGUCAUCUUCACACGGCAAGGACUGUAUCAAAACAGAGGUUCAUCAUGCUGGGAGAGUGUGGCAUGAAAGAAUGGGAGAGACGAGUGCUCAGGAAGAACUCUGUCACAAUUCUGCAGGACUUAGUGGUGGAUGAUCUGCUGAUCCAGUGUCUACAACAAGAUGGAAUUCUUACAGAAAGCAUGGCAGAAACCAUUAUGGCUAAACCGACAUCCCAGGGCAAGAGUCGUCAUUUGUUGUUUCUUUUGCCUAAACGUGGCCCUCAAGCUUUUAGCAGCUUCUGUGCUGCUCUUACAGCGACAGAGCAACAGCACCUCAGCAGACUGCUCAUGGACUUCACAGAGAAAGACAAAAGCUUUUCAGAGCCCUCACUGUCUCGUCCAACUCAGGAAUGUGUUAUACCUGUGAAAAGAGCCCGGACUCAUGAGUCCAUGGAGAUGUGUUUGGAUGCCGACUCUCCCGUGACCACAGCUGUUGUUCCCUGUACGCCGGAAUUUUACCAGUCCCAUAGAUCACAGGCGUACCCGAUGCGCUCCUGUCCGAGAGGGCUGGCCCUGGUGCUGAGUAACGUGAGGUUUGACUCCGCUAACACUGAUUUAGAUGUCCGGAGGGGAGGAGAGGUGGAUGAGGAGACGCUGAGGAGACUCUUUAUGGAGCUGGAUUUCACAGUCAGCCUGCACAAAGACCUAACGGCGGAGGCAAUGCGCAGGUGCCUAGAACAGUUUGCCCAGCGGCAGGAGCAUGCAGAGUAUGACUGCACUGUUGUGUGUUUACUGUCACAUGGAGUUGAGGGAUCUGUCUACGGCACUGAUGGACAGCUGCUGGAGUUGGACUGGGUGUUUGAGGUUUUUGAUAACGCCCGCUGCCCUCUGCUCCAGAAUAAGCCAAAGAUGUUCUUCAUUCAGGCUUGUCGAGGAGAGGAGAUGGACAACGGCGUGGACCAGUUGGAUGGGCAGGAACGGACUCAAUCUCCAGGCUGUGAACAGAGGGAUGCUGGCAGAGAGGGGGAGAGAGACGACAAAGAGAGGGAGGAGAAAGACAGGGAGAGACUGAGAGUCAAACUGCCCCAGAGAUCCGACAUGAUCUGCGGCUUUGCCACCCUCAAAGGUUUCAGCACUGCUGCAAUGAGAAACACCAAGAAAGGGUCCUGGUUCAUUCAGGAGCUGAACACCACAAUCAGACAGAGAGCCAACGACACACACCUGGCAGACAUACUUGUGCAGGUGAAUGGUCAAAUUAAAAGCAGAGAGGGAUACGCACCUGGUUCAGCCCAUCAUCGCUGUAAAGAGAUGUCAGAGUUCACCAGUUCCCUCUGUAAAGACCUCUACCUCUUCCCUAAGUACUACCCCAACAACUAGACACACACACACACACACACACACACACACACACUCCCCAGGCACGAAGCACACACAGAACACACUGCCCUCAGAACUGAUUUUGAUGCAGUAGCAGGAGCUCAGCGCACGUGUGUGUGUACAUCCAUCACCUGCUGCAAGCUCAGCACACAACACACAGAGUCAUGUAAAUCUACUUACACCCAUUCCAUGUGUCAUCUGUUUCACAUUCCUCAGCACAAUGACAGGUUCAUAGGAUGCGUGUGUUAUUUACAGUGGAUUUGCCAAGAUAGAUCAGAUUUUUUUAAACUUCCUGGGUGCACUUAGAAAAUGCAUUAUCACAAACAUUCUCCAUUAAUUCUUUUUUUUUUGCCUUACUCUUAACUUUUUUUUUGUUUUCCCCACCAAUGAAAUAUGCUAUGGAAAGAGUAAAGAUGCCAUUUGUGAGUAUAUGUGAAAAAAAUCAAUUUGUUUUCAUGAUUUAUAGGGGGAAAUUGGGGUUAAAAAUAAGCUGGAAAAUGAAAUAUAUGUUUGUUUUUUUUUCUUUCUUUUUUAUUCAGCAGCUGUAUAAAAUUUGCCACAGAAUUACCCUUUUUUAACCAAAGCCAACAUUUUAUCAGUCUUUUGUUUUAUCGGAUUUAUUUUUAUAUCUAUUUGUUUUCACUCUUCUUUGUAUAGUUUUGUUUUCUCAGUAAUUCAUGUUCUGUAUGCUUUGCAAUUGUGGAGCCUUUUUAUAGCCAACUUGUUGGUACAUUCAGAGCAGCUUAAUGAUAAACCCCCCCCAUCUGUCACACAUACAUGGUUGUAUGCAUAGACAUGCAUAGUAGCAUUGUGCCAGUACCAUACUAAACUCCUCCAUACCAUUUCACUUACUAGAUUGGAGCAGAGCAGAUCUGCUCUUACUUUAUCUUUGGUUUCUGUUAAUGUUUUCUGUAAGUACUGUGGCAUGACAUCUGUUAAUUUUCUUUAGUUAUCCUGUAUGCACCAUGGCAGCUUUUUUGAAUUUUGAUAGGGCUUCCUGACUCCGAGUUAAAAGUUAAACUAUUUAUUGAUUCAUUUUGGUUAGCGUAUAAUAGUUAUUUUUAAAAACAUUACUAAGAUGCAUAUCAAUACACUUGAUCGUUCUCCAGACAUUUGAGUAAUUCCAAUACUUCUGGAUUCCAGUUGCAUUCCAAAUGGUGUUUCCACUCGUUUAUAUAUCCUUCUAACAUGUUUUGUAAUUAUGCCUGUACAUAUGCAUGUUUCUCUUACUCUUGCACAUUUCUUUUCACUUCAAACAUUCUGUGUGCCAAUGAAUGCACAUUAUGGAGACUGAAAGUAUUCUGUCUUAAAGAAAAUCCUGCAGGUGGCGGUAGGGAGCUUUUACACUUCAUCAGCUCACCUUUUGUCAUUUAGAGCUUCCAGGGUUUAGACACGCAGUCUUCCUGUUCUGCACACACAACAUUAUUCCUCCUGGGAAUGUAGACUGUAAAUUUGAGUGUGCUGUUUUCCAUCUGUGUAUGUGUCUUCCUGAUCCAGUAGGCAUGACCUUUAGGUUAAUGGUCGCAACCUUUGACCUUUUGACAUUGCCAUGGCAUCCCUCAAACUUUCUUCUACAUUCCACACUCAUCACCUUUACCAUAGGUUAUCACUCAACAUGAUUAUUUUAUUUUACUGCAUUUUAUUUUAUUUUUACUGUCUUAGAAGCCAAAAUGUUUUAUGUAGAUGUACACUGUUCAUGCUGAUAUUGCUUUCAAGCAACUGUUGCUUUGUUGGGUUUUAUUUUGAUAUUUUAACUAAUAAGCUUCUUUGAACUGGCAGAAUAAUAUGGGCAUAGGUUCAUUUUAAACACACAUUAAAAUCCUAAGUAUAAAAUGCGGGGCUGGUGCAGAUAAAUAAUUUAUAAAGGAUUACUUUCAUAAUGGAAACAGUGCAAUGAUAAUUUAGAAAAAAAUAUAUUGAAAUAUUUAAACAAAUGACUGGUUAUUUGAUGAAAUACUACAAGUUAUUUUCAUUAGUCAAACGUUGUUUCAAAAUGAAAAAUAAACUUAAAGUAGGAAACAGACAAUGUAUAUACACUAGGAAAAUGUGUCACAGUUUUACUGUACUGUGUUUGUAAGUAUUUCUUUAAUGCUGCAGUCAUUCCAUUGAGAGAAUGCCAGCACAAUGAUGUUCUCCAGAACCAGCCUAACAUGAAAGGAAAGAUGGGUUCAUUUUAAACUACUCCUCUAACGGUAUUUAUACAUUUUAAUCAAUGUAUUUCUCAGGCUGUGUUCACCUGGUUUUGAAUGUGUGUUCAGAAUUGUAAUGGUGAAAGCGUUGUGACACUGAGCGCUACAGGUUCUAGUUGUGGUAACAAAUGUUUAAAAGUUCCCCUAUGAAGGUAUUAAAACCCACAAUGGACAUAGAUACAUAUAAUAUAAUCCAGUUUAGUCCCUGCCAGUCUGACUGUGCCAGAUGAGUGCCUAGCAAACUUGAUAUUAAUUGGUUUAUUCACUGCCUUUGUCAUCUGUACAAACCAGCUCUAAAGGGUGCUUUAAGAAAACUAUAGGGAAACUGUCAUUUUUGUAUUUUUGUAAUGCAAAAGCUGCCAUGUAAUAAAGAAAUACUGUUCCAA